AUGAACUUUUCACUUCUUUCUCUCUUUUCUCUUAUUUUAUUUGCUUUUUUUCUCCCAAGUUCAGUUCCUCCAUUACGUGGAAGCUCAAUUGAUAUUCGUCCGAAUACUCGAUGGGAACAGGAUGGUCUCACAGUAGCUGGAGGAAACGGACAAGGUAGUCAAACCAAUCAACUCUCAACCCCAUCUGGUUUGUUUGUUGAUGAUGAUCAAACGAUCUAUGUUGCUGAAGGAGCCAAUCACCGCAUUACGAAGUGGAAGUCGAGUGAGAUGAGUGGCCAAGUAGUUGCCGGUGGAAAUGGAUAUGGAAAUGGGGCUCAUAAAUUCACUAAUCCAAAAGAUGUGAUUGUCGACAAAGAGACAGACAGUCUUAUCAUCUGCGAUCGUACGAAUGGAAGAGUGGUUCGAUGGCCUCGUCGAAAUGGGACAAGUGGAGAAACAAUAAUCUCUAACAUCGAUUGUAUGGGUUUGACAAUGGAUGAGAAUGGAUCUCUCUAUGUUGUUAACAAUUGGAAAGGUGAAGUGAGACGAUAUCGAAGAGGAGAAUCUCAAGGAACAGUGGUUGCAGGUGGCAAUGGAAGUGGAAAUCGUCUCGAUCAACUCUCUGAUCCACAAUACGUAUUCGUUGAUCGAGAUCACUCAGUUUAUGUGGCUGAAUGGGAAAAUAAUCGCGUUACGAAAUGGAUGGAAGGUGCAAAACAAGGCACUGUCGUGGCUGGAGGUCAAGGACAAGGGAAUGGUCUUACACAAUUGUCAUCCCCUUCCGGAGUCGUUGUCGAUCAAUUGGGCACUGUCUAUGUGACUGAUCCAGGCAAUAGUCGAAUCAUGCGUUGGCCCAAAGGAGCCACACGAGGAAGUGUCAUUCUUGGUGGAAACGGUGGUGGUACACAACCAGACCAAUUCAGUGGGCCCUUCGGUUUGUCAUUCGAUCGACAAGGUAAUCUCUAUGUUGCCGACUACGGAAGUAGUCGAGUACAAAAAUUCAAUAUCGAUUCAAAUUAA